AUGACAAGUGGUUUGCCAUGCGGCACCAAACCCGAAACACAGAAGAAGAAAGAUCCAAACGAGAGCAGAGAGCUAGUGGUUAUAAGUCUCAAGAGAGAUGUCAUAGGGCAAGAUACUGAUGAUCAUGUCUUACCUUCACCCACUACUUGCUUGAACUGCACAAUUUGUCCAUAUCCAUGCCAUCAACUCCCUCCGCCAACACCAUCAGGCUACCCUUCAUAUGGAACUCCACCACCACCAGUUUCAGGCUAUCCUCUUUACGGAACCCCACCGCCACCGCCACAACUUUCUGGGCCACAGUCCCCAGGAAACUGCCCUCCUACCCCUGCACGUUGCUGCGGUUACCCUCCUCCAAGUGCUUAUGGAUAUAUCCCACAGGAGAGCCACUCUGCUUCUCCUUAUUCGCCUCUCCUCCUCUUUUCCCUUGUGAUGCUUUUGUUUUUAUUCGCUCUCCUCCUCUAG